AACUAAAGAUCAUUCUUACUAGCUUUGGUACCCAAAGUAAAAAGUUAGCGUCCCAUAACUGGAUAGAAAUCAUCCCUCACUUUGCAGUACUGGCAUCUGAAGACACGUCUGAGACUCUGAGGGUAUAUAAAUCAUGGGACAGCUUCUUGAUGUGUAAAUGAGUGUUCCCUGUUCCUUGUUCCCGCAUGUCCCCAGCAGAGGUCGAAUGGAGGACCCCAUCAGGGGACUCACUGGAGUCAUGCUCGAGAGUUGGCAGAGGUCGACAGAUCAGGCUGUCUUAAUGGGUCGGAGUCGGCUUCCUUCAGGGACCGCCGGGAGGCGAGUCUCUGCCAAACCAUACUACCCAGGCCAUCACUUCCGGCCUCCCAGGAGGACAGGGUGACGCUCUGGCCGUUGCCUUGGAAACAGAUGGAGGCGGGCUGGUGUCCUCUAGCGGUUACGAAGAGGAUAGCUCCGCGACAAGAGCUAAGCCACAAGAGGGGGCUGGGGAGGGGCGGAGGUGGGGUGCCAGCUCUGAAUGGCCAUAAGGUCACGCUCCUCCCCCCCACCUCACUUGCCAAUAGGAGCCGGGUCCGCUGUGCACAUGCGCAGGAUCCUAACGUACCCUCCAUCACGGCUGUUGGUCUCUUUUGUUGGCUACAAGAAGACACCCAGUACAACAAUGCCAUCCCCACUGGGCCCCCCACGCCUGCCCUCUGUGGACCCUGUGGCCACUCUGGAGGAGCCCGAGGCAGCACGCCUGCGUUUCCGGGGAUUCUGCUACCAGGAGGUGGCAGGUCCCCGAGAGGCCCUGGCGCGGCUGCGAGAACUGUGCCGCCAGUGGCUGCGGCCGGAGGCAUGCUCCAAGGAGCAGAUGCUGGAGCUGCUGGUGCUGGAGCAGUUCCUGGGCACGCUGCCCCCUGAGAUCCAGGCCUGGGUGCGGGGCCAGCGGCCAGGCAGCCCUGAGGAGGCUGUAGCCCUGGUCGAGGGCCUACAGCAUAACCCUGGGCAGCUGCUGGGCUGGAUCACAGCCCAUGUCCUGAAGCAAGUGGUGCUCCCAGCGGCACAGAAGAUAGAGGAGUCCUUGGGGAGACCCCAGCCUUCAGGGACAGUGGAACUUCUCAGGGCAACCUCUGGGGAGGAGCCACAGGACACCCAGAUGGAGGGGUCUCCCCAGCUCAGCUGCAGUGUGAAGGAGGAGCCUGAUGCUGAUGGGCAGGAGAUGGCACCUUCCAGCCCCCCACAUCCAUCCCAGUCCCGCGAGGGGUACCCAGGACACCGGGAACCAGCCGCCACCUCCUUCCACCCACCCAGGAUUCAGGAGGAGUGGGGGCUACUGGACCGGUCACAGAAGGAACUGUACUGGGACGCGAUGCUGGAGAAGUAUGGCACGGUGGUCUCCCUGGCAGGGUUACCGGCCCCCUUGCCAGAGGCACGGGUUGAGUCGGAGCCAGGGGUACUGCGCUCGGGGACAGAGGGUCAAAGAAGCCUCCACCCGGGGCUACACCGGGAGCAGGGCUGGAGGCCGGCGCCCCGCGGAGGAAGCCUUACACCUGUGAGUUGUGCGGCCGAGGCUUUGAUUGGAAAUCGGUGUUUGUCAUCCACCACCGGACGCAUGCGGAUGGGCAGGCCACGCGGGCCCCGGUGCUGGCUGUUGGGGGUGCUCAGAAGCUGCCACCAGGUUCCCGGGAGCCGGGCACACCACGCCACCCCCGGCGUGCACUCCCAGGCCCCCGGAGCUAUGCGUGUGAGGAAUGUGGGCGCAGCUUCAGCUGGAAGUCUCAAUUGGUCAUCCACCGCAAGAGCCACGCAGGCCAGCGGCGCCACUUCUGUGGCGACUGUGGCCGCAGCUUCGACUGGAAGUCCCAGCUGGUCAUCCACAGGAAGAGCCACCGGCCGGAGGCCCCAUGAGUGGCUCCAGAAGGCAGCCUCGUCUUGGGAGCCUUGCAGCCUCCAGGUCCUGGACACAGUUCCUGGCAAUCUGGUUCCAGCCUUCCUUGGGCUGCUUGGUCUCCGUGUGAGACAUGUGGAGGCAACAGAGGACAUUCGUGAAUCAGAGUUCCCAGGAGAGUCCCCUGACCCCAGUUCAGUCUCCCCAAAACAGCCACCUGGGUGUAAGUAAAAGAAGCCACUGCUCCCUCAAUAGCCUAGCGAGGCCUGGGCUGCAAUAAACUGCCUAAGCUGAGUGACUUCCAAGCUCCGAGGUCCCCAGCUGUGACCUGAUGCAGAUGGACAGGUUAAGGACUCUCCUUACCCCUGGGACCUUGUUGGCCCCAGGUGGCUGCUCAACAACUGCCCUUUCUACCCCUUCCGAAGCUGCUGGGCCUGAUGUCUUGGCGUAGACAGUCCAGAAAGCUCAGGAAAGCAUGCCUUGCUUUGUUUGCAGACAGGUGGAAAACUCAUGGCCCUCUACAUUUUAGAUUUGUAACAAGUUGCACUUCUAUAAUGGGAAGUUUCUACAUAAGAAUCCCGAUCUCUGCUUUCUUGCUGGCCAUAAUAUCAGCAACGGCACUUCUCCUGCCUGGCAGCUGGAGCCACAGAGCAGGCCGUACUCACCAGAAGGGCCAGCAGUCCUGGUAUCCCGCCCGACUUUGUUCCUGAGCCACCCACAUCACUCCCUGGCCUCCUUGUCCUUGUCCUUUGAGCCCUUGAGUCCCAGCUUGAGUGGACACUAAGGGGACCUCCUUUGCAAGUAUGGAUGGACAAGGAGGGUGGUCUCUGAGAAAAGGGGCCACAAACAGAUGUCCCGUAGGCCAUGUGAUUUUAAAGUAGUUGGUGUUCACUUAGAAAAAUUUGAAAUCUAUAAGAGGGCAAAGGUGAUGAAAAUGAUC